AUGAAGCCAAUGAAGGUACUUGUUCUGGCAGCUGCCGUUCUGUCAGCUGGCGCAGCAAAGAUCCGAAGUCGGACAAACCAGAGCAGCCAGGUGACUUGCACGCCUGUCACGUCCGAGCUGACCAAGGAAGUCGCAAUUGAGCAUUGUGGGAAAAUUAUUAACAACAAGGUCAACAGAGGACCGAAUGCCAAGGCGUGCUUCGAUGUCGACACCCCACAUGUGCGCAAGGCUUUGGCGAAUCACAUGUUCAAUCACUGCGGGGCGUGGCAUCUCUACGACUUUCGGGCCAGCAGCUCUAUUUGUUGGUCAUGGACAACGCAAGGCAAUUGCUUCAAGCGAAGCAAUGCCUGCAAGAGCCACAAAGAGAAUGCUUUGGUCGCAGCGCGGAGGGAGAAGCUCUGCAAGGUAGAGUGUCUUCCUGCCCAGCCAUCGCUGACAGAGAAGGUGACGAAGUCAUAUUGUUCAAAGCUUGUCGUGAACAACGCCAACUACGGCCCGGAAGCAGUUGCGUGUGAAGACGAGGACACGCCCCUGGUGCGCAAGUCCAUUGCCAACAAAAUGUUCCAUCAUUGUGGUGCACACUACCUCUACGACUUCGACAAUCCGGCGGGAACCUGCUAUGCCUGGUCCAAGAACUGCUGGAAGCGAGAAGCGGGCUGCAUGGGCCACAUUGAGCAGAAGAGAAUGGUCGCGCGAAAGGCGAACCUGUGCGAGGUUCCCCUGGCAGCAGUGAAGGGCAAGAGGUGCAAAGCAACGCCUUAUACGUUCAAGCCCACUGCCAGCUGCGAUGGAUGGAGCGGACUUACGCAAGAGCAGUGCACAAAGAAGUGCAGCAGCCACGCGCAGGCUAAAAAUUGCCCGCGCAAGACUUGUCGUGCGGCAGUGUUUUAUGCGAAGACCGGCUGGUGCCACUUGGUAGAUAAUUGUGCAGAAGUCGAGCCUCACGACGAUGCCACUGCUAUCGUCCACGAGGUCCCAAUGAAGGCAAUCGACGGUGCCAAGUGUUCAAGCCGCUAUUACACGUUUGAUGCGACAGACAAGAGCAAGAUUUGCGAUGGUUGGAGCGGUUUGACAGCCGCCGAGUGUGCACUGAAAUGCUCCGGCAACGAGCAGGCCACAAACUGCCCGCAGAAGACCUGUGUGGCAGCGACCUUCUUCGAGAAAACGGGCUGGUGCCACCUGCACGAUACGUGCCCGGACUUGAACACAAACCCGGCUACCACCGCCAUCGUUCCGGAGGCUGCACGCUGGUGCAAGGGCAGCGGCACGAAGAAGGCCUGGAACUGCGAUGUGAUCUCGGACAGGAUCGAAUGCGAAAACUCCUUCACGAGGAGCGAGGAUGGCAAACACUUCCUCCAAUGCGCUGUCACGGCGAGCGGACAGUGCUUGGCUGCGGGCGGACUUUGCAAGCCCGUCAAGUCGAAGAACGAGGCCUGUGGUUCCAUCACUGGCUCGUCUGGAUUGGGGAUCGGAUGGAACUCCGUCACCACGAUGAAGGAAGGAAUUUUGACAAAUCCAGGCGACCGCAAAUACAAGCUCCAAAAUGUCCCUUCCGUUCUCGAUGGUGGCAAGUACAGUGGUACAAAGACUUGGCCGUCUGCUGGCACUUGGACAAUCUCAUACAAAGCACCAGUUACCCUCUACGUGUGGGUCAUGAAAGAGAAGUACAACGCUGGCGUUGAUGCUGCACUCGAUGGUGAUGGCUGGGAGAAGGUGGAUGCUGCGGGCUUCAAGAGAAGUGACAACCAUGUGCUCAACGUUUGGAAACGAUCGUUUUCUUCCGGCAGUGAAUACCAGAUCAAGACCACUGGGCUCAUGGUCGGAGGUGUUGUGUCCAACGGCUGCGAGGCACCCCGCGCUACGAAGGCAUAG